AUGGUCGAUGAUAGGGGAUCAGUACUUACUAUGGUUGAAGCUGAUGAUAUCGAGAAAACUGUCAAGGACUACAAGCCUUGUGGCGAUGAUGUAGAGCGUGAAGCCCGUCAUGGUACGAAAACAGCCUUUGAUCUACAGCUAUCAGCGUCUGUGAAGAACGCUAAGUAUGUUAUCCUUCUUCCUUUUGCUGAGCAGACUAGUAAUUUAAAUGCUGCAGCUGUACAGCAGUUCCAAAGUCCUUUUGAUUCGGCGCCUUGGACGCUUCACCCUGUUCGAGCAUUCGCAACUUUAACGUUCGUAUCGAUUGCUUCGAUUAAUGGUGAUCUAACUCCUGAGCUGGUGAAUGGUCUUCUUGACUAUCAGACGUGGUCGCUAACUGACCGUGUUCUUAUUGCUGACGUUAGCCGCCUAACGGAGCGUGAUGUACCUCAGGCGAUUCAGGUUAAGGAAACUAAGUGCCAGGGAACCAACAUGCUUGUAUUGGUUGUGAGUGAGCAAGAGCUAUCCUACGAUCGUCUAACGGCUAUCUAUACAGAUAUCAUGAGUUCGACACUAACAUUCGGCAAGUACAAAAACUCCACUAUCCAGGAGGUACUUGAUAAAGAUCCAAGCUAUUGUCGCUGGCUCCGUAAUCAAUCAAAUUUAGAUGAGGACAUGGCUAAAUUUCCUGCGAGCAUUUUCGCAAAUGAAUCCGACGAUGGAUCGUACCUACUAAAUUUCGGCAAAUACAAGGGCAAGUCAGUGCAGCAAGUAUUUGCUAUUGAUAAACUGUUUGAGAAGUAA